AUGGGGUUCCUUUUCAACAAGCCUGCAGAUGUGCCGGGCUCGGCGGUACCUGCUAUUAUUAUCGGUUGCUUCGUUGCUUUCGGAGGUAUCUUGUUUGGCUAUGACACUGGCACGAUUGGCGGCAUCCUGGCCAUGAAAUACUGGCGAAAACUUUUCUCAACAGGAUACAUCAACCCUAAAGACGACUUCCCCGAUGUGUCGGCCAGCCAAACGUCUGAAAUUGUUUCGAUCCUGUCCGCGGGGACUUUCUUCGGCGCUCUCUUCAGUGCACCUCUGGCAGAUAUGCUGGGCCGACGAUGGGCCAUGAUCUUCAACUCGGCCGUCUUCACCUUCGGCGUCAUCCUGCAGACCGCAGCCACAGCGAUUCCCAUGUUUGUGGCUGGACGAUUCUUCGCCGGCCUGGGCGUCGGUCUUCUCAGCGCCACUAUACCAUUAUACCAAUCCGAGACAGCCCCAAAAUGGAUAAGAGGAGCCAUCGUCGGCUGCUACCAAUGGGCAAUCACAAUGGGACUGUUCCUCGCUGCCAUUGUGUUGAACGCGACCAAGAAUCGCAACGACACUGGAUCCUAUCGCAUCCCCGUGGCCGUGCAGUUUGCAUGGGCGAUCAUCCUGGUUGUCGGAAUGCUAAUCCUACCCGAAACCCCUCGCUUCUUGAUCAAGAAAGGUAAACCCGAGCAAGCGGCAAAGUCACUUUCGCGCCUUCGCCGACUCCCGGUCGACCAUCCUGCUCUGGUGGGAGAACUCGCGGAGAUCCAAGCCAAUCACGACUACGAGAUGACUAUCGGCACGGCUUCCUAUCUCGCCUGCUUCAAGCCUCCGAUCAGAAAGCGGUUGUUUACUGGUAUGGCUCUGCAGGCUCUGCAGCAGCUGACCGGUGUCAACUUUAUUUUCUAUUACGGCACAACCUAUUUUACUUCUGCGGGCAUCAACAACCCUUUUAUUGUUUCUGUUGUUACUUGUGUCGUCAACAUCUGCAGUACUGUUCCUGGUCUGUGGCUAGUCGAGCGCUGGGGAAGACGACCACUGUUGCUGUUCGGUGCUAUUGGCAUGUCGGUGUGUCAGCUCAUCGUGGCAAGCGUCGGUACCGCCAGACCAGACGAGUCCGCGGCAAGCAAUGCUUUGAUUGCCUUUGUGUGCAUUUACAUCUUCUUCUUUGCUUGUAGUUGGGGUCCUUGUGCUUGGGUUGUUACUGGUGAAAUCUUCCCUCUCAAGGCUCGCGCCAAAGGUCUUUCCAUGACAACGGCCUCGAACUGGCUUUUGAACUGGGCCAUUGCCUACGCUACUCCAUAUAUGGUCAACCCGGGCCCCGGAAACGCAAACCUCGGAUCCAAAGUCUUUUUCAUCUGGGGAGGCUUCUGCUGCAUCUGCAUGGCCUUUGUCUACUUCUGCAUCUACGAGACCAAGGGUUUAUCUCUGGAGCAAGUCGACGAACUAUAUGCCAAGGUCUCUUCGGCUCGCAAGUCGCCUGGUUUUGUCCCGACUGUCCACUUUACGGACAUCGAGCAGGUCGUUGACGCCGAAGGUGCGAGACGGAGCACGCUUGCCGAUCUUGAGUUGGCCGCGGUCCGUCGUAAGAGCUCGACUAUCCAUGAAGAAUAUCUCAAAUCUGGAUAA